UUAGAACAUUACCAUUGCAAGCUUUCCUCUUUCUAAAACCCUCACUCACACGUUAGUCGUUGCCGCGACCAUGGACAGCAGUGGUACAGCGAGCGAUGUUGCCCGAGCUAUCGUCGCCGCCCUUGGCUGGAGCUCUUCGUCCGACGAUCGCAAAUCGGCUAUGUCGUACUUAGAAUCUGUAAAAUCUGGGGAUGUUCGUGUUUUGGCAAGCACAUCAUUUCUUUUAGUCAAGAAAGAUUGGCCUUCUGAAGUUCGUCUGCAUGCAUUCAAAUUAUUGCAGCAUCUAGUGCGACUAAGAUGGGAAGAAUUGAGCCCUGAAGAAAGACGAGAAUUUGCAAAAGUUUCUAUGGAUUUAAUGAACGAAAUUGCAAACAGUUCUGGAGAGUGGGCUCUAAAAAGUCAAACAGCUGCUCUAAUUGCUGAGAUAGUCAGGAGAGAAGGCGUAAGUCUAUGGCAAGAACUUGUUCCAUCUCUAGUAGCUCUUUCCAACUCUGGCCCCACACAUGCUGAGAUGGUGUGUAUGAUGCUGAGGUGGCUUCCUGAAGAUAUCACUGUUCAUAACGAAGACUUAGAAGGUGAUCGACGUAGACUGUUGUUACGUGGGUUAACUGAAUCUUUGCCUGAAAUCCUUCCAUUGUUGUAUACAUUAUUAGAAAGACACUUUGGAGCUGCCAUGACUGAAGCAGGUAGGCAACAACUUGAAGUUGCAAAGCAGCAUGCAGCUACAGUAACAGCUACUCUUAAUGCCAUCAAUGCAUAUGCUGAAUGGGCCCCAGUGCCUUAUCUUUCAAAAUAUGGCACAAUCCAUGGUUGUGGCUUUCUACUAUCUUCUCCUGAUUUCCGACUUCAUGCGUGUGAGUUUUUCAAGCUCGUGUCCUCUAGGAGGAGACCUGCUGAUGCAGAUUCUGAUUUUGAUUCUGCAAUGAGCAGCAUUCUUGUCAUAUUGAUGAAUGUAUCUACAGAGUUUUUACGGGUAUCAGAGACAAAUUCUGGCAUUAUUAGUGAUAGUGACUUUGAGUUUGCAGAGUCUAUAUGUGAAAGUUUGGUGUCUUUUGGUUCUACAAACUUGCAAUGCAUCACUGGUGAUAGUGAAAUACUAUCUCUCUAUUUACAAAAGAUGGUGCAGUAUUUCAGACAUUAUAAGAUCGAGCUUCACUAUCAGUCCCUUGUAUUUUUACUGGCAUUAGUGAGAGAUUCACUCUCGAAGCCAAAGACAGUUGGAGAUGGGUCAGUUGACAAUCUUGCCCCUGGUUCAGGGCAGACUGAUAAUCAUAAAAGAAAGAUCUUACCUUUUGUAAAUGAUGAGAUAUGUAGCAUCAUGUUGGAUAUAUCUUUUCAGAGAAUGCUUAAAAAAGAAAAAUCUAACCCUGGAAAUGAACUUGCUGUAUUGGAAUUAUGGAGUGAUGACGUGGAGGGCAUGGGAGAUUUUGGCCAAUAUCGUGCAAAGCUGCUGGAAUUGGUUCGACUUAUUGCUUCUUUCAAACCUCUUAUAACCAUUACCAAAGUUUCAGACAGAAUCAUUAUGAUCAUUAAGAGCCUUCUUCUUUCCCCACUGCCUUCUCAGAAUUUAACUAUACUAGAAAGCAUGCAACUUGCUGUGGAGAAUGUUUUGGGAGCUGUUUUUGAUGGUCAAAAUGAUGAGAAUGGGAGUGCUUCUGAUGCUCAACUUGCUUCUUGCAGAAUUCUAGAAGGUCUACUUCAACAACUUCUUUCUUUGAAAUGGAGUGAACCUGAAUUAGUUGAAGUUCUUGGGCACUAUUUAGAAGCACUGGGACCCUUCUUGAAGUAUUAUCCGGAUGCUGUUGAAAGUGUUAUCAAGAAACUCUUUGAGCUCCUAACCUCAUUGCCAAUAGCUGUCAAGGAUCCUGCAACUAGUAGAUCUAGACAUGCAAGAUUACAUAUUUGCACAGCCUUUAUACGAUUGGCCAAAACUGCUGACACACGUCUUUUGCCUCACAUGAAGGGCAUAGCAGACAUGGUGUCAUAUCUGCAAAAAGAAGGUCAAUUACUUCGUGGUGAACACAAUCUUUUUGGUGAAUCAUUUCUCAUUAUCGCAUCUGCAGCUGGACCUCAACAGCAGCAAGAAGUUAUGACCUGGUUGCUUGAGCCUUUAAGCAGUCAAUGGACACAAAUCGAGUGGCAAAACAUGUAUUUAUCCGAUCCAUCAGGCCUGGUUAAAUUGUGUGGUGAAACACAGUUUAUGUGGUCAUUAUUUCACACUGUAACUUUCUUUGAAAAAGCACUUAAAAGAAGUGGGGUUAAAAAAGGAAAUCUGAAUGUUAAUAAUUCUACUCCUUCUCAUCCUUUGGCUUCUCAUCUCCCAUGGAUGCUCCCACCUCUUCUCAAACUUCUUCGUGCUAUGCAUUCUCUUUGGUCGCCAUCUGUCACUCAAUUGUUACCUGGAGAAAUAAAGUCUGCUAUGAUCAUGACUGAUGCCGAACGAACAAGUCUUCUUGGUGAAAGUACGAAAAUGCCCAAGGGUACAAUAACUUUCACUGAUGGCUUGCAAAACACAAAAGACGGAAAUCCAGAACCAAACGAAACCGAUAUCCGAAACUGGUUAAAGGGUAUCCGAGAUAGCGGGUAUAAUGUACUGGGUCUAUCAACAACAGUUGGAGACUCGUUUUUCAGAUGCAUGGAUAUUGAAGCGAUUGACUUAGCACUGGUUGAGAAUAUUCAGUCAAUGGAGUUCAGACAUAUAAGACAACUUGUUCAUUCGAUUUUGAUCCCAUUAGUGAAAAACUGUCCUUCUGAUCUGUGGGACAUAUGGUUAAAAAGACUAAUGUACCCUCUUCUUGUAUAUUCUCAUCAAGCUCUUAGAAUCUCAUGGUCUGGUCUCUUGGAUGAAGGGCGAGCAAAAGUUCCAGAUUUUAAUGGAGUUUUAGGUGGAUCUGAUUUGAAAGUUGAAGUAAUGGAAGAAAAGUUACUCCGUGGCUUAACCCGUGAGAUUUCAACUCUCCUUUCAGUUUUGGGGGGCCCAGGGUUGAACCCUGGGCUCAAUUCUGAACAGUCUUCUAAAGAUUCUAAUGUCGUGUCAACCUCUUUAGUUGGGUUUCUUUUGAAGAACAAGGAUAUAGCUGUUCCGAUGUUGAGUUUGUGUUUAGAUGCUUUUAGAUGGACGGAUGGUGAGUCGACUAUUAAGGUUGCAUCCUUCUGUGGGGCUGUGGUCAACCUAGCUAUGUUGACCGAUAAUGUUGAGCUUCGACAAUUUGUUUGUAAAGAUCUUUUUUCGGGGAUAAUUCAAGGUUUAGCACUCGAGUCAAAUGCUUUUACUAGUGCUGACCUUGUUAGUCUGUGUCGAGAAAUAUUUGUAAACUUUUGCAAGGACGACCCUACACCCAGACAAAUUUUGCUGUCACUUCCUUGCAUUACGCCUCAAGAUCUGUUGGCAUUUGAAGAAGCAUUGGGGAAGACGAGUAGUCUUAAGGAACAAAAGCAGCUUAUGAGAAGCUUGCUGUUGGUAGGUACUGGGAACCAGUUGAAAGCACUUGCUGUUCAAAAAAGUGUGAACGUAAUCACUAAUGUUGUAGCAAGACCACGAAGCUCAAUAUCUGCCUCAGAUUCCAGAACUGAAGAUGGAGGUGCAAUCGGUUUGGCUGCUAUUAUGUAGUCUUGAUUUGGUUGUUUUAUGUAGAAAACGAGUUUUAUUGAGUUUGAGAUGUACACAAAAACGAAUAGUUUUUGAAGAUGUAUCUAACGAGGUCUCUUCCUAUUCCUGAUGUAUGUAACAAACCAUUAUAUGAUACUUACUUCACUAAACCAUGUUUCCGAAAUGUCAAUGUUUUAUUAGUUGUGUUUC